UCGAGGGAACCCUCCCCAAAGAAAUGAUGCAAUACACAAAGUUUGUAUGAUCUCAUGUCUAUUUUGUACCUGGUAGCUCCUCCAGGCAGAAUGUAUAAAUGGUCCAGACAGUCCUUCCAUAGUCAGUUCUUUUUGAGAACACAACCACAGUUCAGGUGUUCUCAAAGCUUCUAUCUUAAUUUGACUUCCUGGACACGACGGUACGUGUACACUGUUUCAGGCACAAGAUCUUAGUUUCGGGAAAGGAGUUCUGCAGUGACUGAGAAAUAAGUGAAGCUGCCCACAACAACCACUCAAAAUGGCUGCAGACAAAGCCAUGGCGUACAAAACUCUCCUGGUGAUGCUCACGAUUAGGACUUGUGCCAAGACCCCAGCGCUCGAGUGCCAGGUGACAAACAAUCCUCCCCAGAUGAAGUGCAUCCUCCGCAUAAAUGGCACUUCGCCUAGGUUCACGGUCAACGAACCACUUCUUCACAACCCCGGUUCACAUUACGACGCUGCGGGGGAAAAGGAGGCAUGCCCAAACUUGAUAGCAGGCGAUGAAGUGAAACGCUUCCUCCUUCAAACUGGGUAUGAACUCUCCAACAGCACUGUUUGCCCAACGUUUGGAAUGAUGAGGGAAAACAAGUGCAGCUGUGACGGCAGUGAAGGACCAAAUACUACCACUGAGCCUGCUAUUAUGGAGAAUUUAAUGGCAGAAUUGAGUUCUCAACAGCCACGAGGCAAGGCUCUGGUGACGGACAACCGGACGUGUUCAAAAGCAGAUUUGAGCUCCCGGCGACGUCCCAACAAAACCGCAGUUGUCAUUUCCGUAGUGUUGGUGUGGAUGCUCAAUUCCUGAUGCUCAGCAGACAGGACAGGUGUCGCGACGUACUGCUGUGCAUGACAUCUGGAGAUGCAACAGCAAUAACUUGCAACCCGCGACAAAUGUGCAUAAAGACAGUUGUUUUUUUAAUUUAUAGAAAAUUGUUCAUUACAAGUUUGUUUUAUAAUAUGAUAAAUCUAUGCACAAAU